ACGACUUAUAAAUAGACGUGUCGGUCAUUCGUCGGCACGCACACAUGUGCAAGCACAUUAUCAAUGUCCAGGUAGCGUUUCGAGCGCCAUGCUGUAAGCGAUGGUUCGACUGCACGGAAUGCCAUUUUGAAAUGGCCGAUCAUCCCAUCGCCUCGUCUCCUGAAAUGGCAUUUGCGUGCAAGCAAUGCAAAAAGUGUUUCCGCAAGAUUAUGAGUCAUUUCUCAGAGGAAGACGAGUAUUGUCCCCUUUGCAACAACCACUUUGUCGUCAAAGCAGAGCGACCGACAGCGCUGUCGUUGGCAUAGACGAUAAAACCGUUCGAGUAAUACCGGCGUUAGAUCUACAAUGCUUUGCCUUUGCUCUAUAUGAGCGACGACGUG